AUGUAUGUGAAAUGCUUUGAUUCAGUAAUGUUUUACUAUGUGAUUUUAGUGAAUGUCACUUUUUGUCAUUUUCAAAUUUCCUGCCGUUCCCAACGCUCGCAGGGGACGGAACCCAGAUGAAAGAUGCCGGCAUCCGCCGGAUUACAUUGCCGGGGACACUGCAGGAGGGACAUCGUGGGAGCGCAGGACAAGGUAAGAGAAGAACAGAUCCCCGAGCAGCGCCGCAUGGUAAGCCCAAGUGUAGCUCAGGGUUACCACUUGUGCUACACUCAGGAAUACCGCCAGGGAGGUUA